CCGCCUACUUACUUGCCAUUGGACACGCAUCUGUUGCAUUCCAGUAUAUGAGUGGUUGACAAGGCUGACACCGGUCAGGGAGGUGUGACCGACCGGCCGAUGACUGUCGGAGGGGCACAGGGACCGAGACAGUCUGACGAUCAUCACAUCUUGAAGCUGAGAGAACCUGCCGACUUUCCUUCGUCUCCAGGAGCCGUCUGGUGUAGUCUAAUAAAGUAGGUCUACAGUAGCAGCCUUGAAGAGGAAGAAGAAGACCCGCAUGCAUUGUUGCCAGUCUCCUGAAGCUGUCCAGCCAGCAACAACAGUCUAUCCGUCAAACCAUCCCUCAUGGCAACGAUCGUCAUGGAGCGGAUUGGGCGUCUGUUCAUCAACCUCCAACAGGUAAGGGCGGUGCCCCAGAUGCUGACAGAGGCCGCCCCCUCCAUGCCAGGCACACUACGGGACACCGAAGUUCCCGGGUUCUUCAGAGAGCGCUACAUCCACGCCGGCUACCGACCACUCCACCAGGGCUGGAGGUACUACUUCCUGUCGCUGUUCCAGCGUCACAACGAGACCAUCAACGUGUGGACCCACCUGCUAGGGUCUCUCCUGGUCCUGGUCAAGUUCCUACAGCUAGCUGAGACAGUGGACUUCAUCGACGACACCCACGCCUGGCCCCUCCUCAUUCUCCUCCUGUCCUCCCUGGCCUACAUGGCCUGCAGCACUGUAGCCCACCUCCUGGCUGCCAAAUCAGAGUUCUACCACUACUGCUUCUUCUUCCUGGAUUAUGUAGGAGUGGCUCAGUAUCAGUACGGCAGCGCCGUGGCUCACUUCUACUAUGCUGUGGAACCAAACUACCACCAGUGGGUCUCCCCAGUCUUCAUGCCCACUGCCACCUUCCUCUGCUGCUUGUCCUGCCUAGGCUGCUGCUAUGGGAAGUAUCGCAACUACAGCCUGCGGGUCUGGGUCCGGAAGGUGGGGCAGGUGAUUCCCUCGGCUAUGGCCUAUGCCUGGGAUACAAGCCCGGUGUUCCACCGCCUCCUCCGGUCCCUCUGGACCACGUUGCACAGUGAUGACAUCGCUGCCCCGGCCAGUGGCGUAGUUGGCGACCCGGCUAUAUCCUUCCAUGGGAGCCAGGUUGCAUUCUUCCUGUCCAGUGCGUUCUUCUUCACUAACCCCCUCCCAGAGCGUCUGUUCCCAGGCCACUGUGACUUCCUGGGGCAGGGCCACCAGCUGUUCCACGUCUUCCUGGUUAUCUGUACUCUCUGCCAGAUCCAGGCCUCUCACCUGGACUACCUGGGCCGACGGCCACUCUACACACAGCUACACGGAGAGGGAGCAGCCACUGUCUAUCUGGUGCAGUAUGGAGCCACACUGGUGGCCUGUGUCUGCAUAGCAGUCUUCAUUGCAAGGAAAGUAAAACGGUUGCUUAACUGCAGAGACAAGUCCAAAUGAACUGGGUAGGUCACUGUGUAGGAGACUUACAAUCACUUCCCAGUGGGCAAAACUGGUUGAAAUGAGUUGACAUUAUUACAGCCAAAAACUUUUGCCCAGUUUUGCCCGCUGGGUUGGUACCAAAGUGAUCAAUGUGGCCUUGUUCGACUCGACACACACUGCCUUCCUUAGCCUACUCGAGUUUGUUUCUAUAAUAUUAUGUUUCUUCUCUCUGUGUCCUUGACGAUGAUGGAAGUAUUCCUAUAGCAGUAUGUCUAAUCUUGUGUCUCAAUGCUUCUGUUACACUUGUGCUAGUUUUGUUCCAUAAUGGUUUAUUUUUUUUUACAACAACGUAUGUCUAACUACUGCCAAGAAACAUUGUGAUAUGAGUCCUUGUCAGCACUCAGACAAUGAAAUGAAUUGAUCUUGAAGGGAUAGUUUACUGAAAGUUUAUUCACUUUCAAAGUAGUAUUAUGUUGUUGGAAAAGGAAGCAUACUGUGUAAUGGGUGUGAUUCUGAAUAUCAACAAUACUGCUAACUAUUCUUUUUAUAGGAGCUUUACAUUUUAAUGCCAGGCUGAUCAAUCUAUCCACAUCUAGAGCACUUUUAUAGGCAGACAAAUUGACUUACCCACAUUGCACUUUUUCACCUAUGAGAGUAUAAACUGGGUAUUUCUCAUGUGGGGUCACAAACCAAGGCUGGACUGGACCAACUGCUGAGAAAGUGUAUUAAUUAAUCCGUCAAUGUAAACCUUAUGUCAGAUUAGACAUACUUUUCUUGCCACUGUACAUAUGUGAACCCUUUGAAAUCCAGGUAAUUCCAAUUUGACCUUCAUCUAAGUCACAACAAUAGACUAACAUAGUGUGCUUAAACUAAUAACACACAAAUGAUUGUAUUUUUCUUGUCUAUAUUGAACACAUCAUUUUAACAUUCACAGUGUAGGUUGGAAAAAGUAUGUGAACCUCUAGGCUAAUGACUUCUCCAAAAGCUAAUUGGACUCCAGGUUAGCUGACUCCUGACUCCAAUCAUUGAGACGAGAUUGGAGAUGUGGUUAAAGCUGCCCUGCCCUACAAAAAACACUCACACAAUUUGAGUUUGCUGUUCACAAGAAGCAUUGCCUGAUGUGAACCAUGCCUUGUUUUUCAACGUUUCUUUAAAAGCCUUGAUGUUCAUCAGUCCACAGUAAGACAAAUUGUCUAUAAAUGCAGAAGGUUCAGCACUGUUGCUACUCUCCCUAAGAGUGAUCGUAAGGGAAAGAUGACUGCAAGAGCACAGCGCAGAAUGCUCAAUGACGUUAAGAAGAAUCCUAGAGUGUCAGCUAAAGACUUACCGGAAUCUCUGGAACAUGUUAACAUCUCUGUUGACGAGUCUACGAUACUUAAAACACUAAACAAGAAUGGUGUUCAUGGGAGGACACCACGGAAGAAGCCACUGCUGUCCAAAAUAACAUUGCUGCACGUCUGAAGUUUGCAAACGUGCACCUGGAUUUUCCACAACGCUACUGGCAAAAUAUUCUGUGGACAGAUAAAACUAAAGUUGAGUUGUUUGCAAGGAACACACAACACUAUGUGUGGAGAAAAAAAAGGCACAGCACACCAACAUCAAAAACUUAUCCCAACUGUAAAGUAUGGUGGAGGGAGCAUCAUGGUUUGGGGCUGCUUUGGUGCAACAGAAGUUGGGUGAUGCAACAGGACAACGAAGAAAAUAGGCCUUCUGGAGUGGCCUAGUCAGAGUCCUGACCUUAACCCAAUUGAGAUGCUGAGGCAUGACCUCAGGAGAGCGGUUCACACUAGACAUCCCAAGAAUAUUGCUGAACUGAAACAGUUGUGUGAAGAGGAACGGUCCAAAAUUCUUCCUGACCGCUGUGCAGGUCUGAUCCUCAACUACAGAAAACCUUCAGUUGAGGUUACUGCUGCCAAAGGAGGGUCAACCAGUUAAUAAAUCCAAGGAUUCACAUACUUUUUCCACCCUGCACUGUGAAUGUUUACACAGUGUGUUCAAUAAAGAAAUGAAAACGUGUAAUUAGUUUAAACAGACUGUCUAUUGUUGUGACUUAGAUGAAGAUCAGAUAAAAUUUGUCAAAUUUUAUGCAGAAAUCCAGGUAAUUCCAAACGGUUCACAUACUUUUCUUGCUAUUGUACACACGCAGUUUAUUUUUAUAGUAAGCAACUUGUGUAGUCACUGUAUUAUGUCAACAUGCUGUAUUAUGUCAACAUGUUCUUGUUGUACCUUGAGAGUAUUUAUCUUUUACAUAACAGGAGAUGACGAAGCCAAUCACUAGCCUGGUCCCAGAUCUGUUUGUGCUGUCUUGCCAACUCUUAUUGUCAUAGCGCAAACCGAUCUGGAACCGGGCUAGCCUAUCGCUGACAAAGCCUUAACAAAGCGAAUUAGAAUAAUGUAAACUUUUAUAGUCUUUUCUAUAUUGGGGGGCAGGUGAAGCUAACAGUGCUCUUUUUCUUUAUGUAUUUGUCACUUUGCUGUAACAGUUGUUUUUGCUUGCUCACUUUAAUCCUAGAAUAUAUUUGCUUAGUAGUUUUCUGGUCUGGAAAAGUCCUGACCUUGUGUUGACUGAGUUUUGAAAGCUACUGUGUAAUAUUGAACAUUUCAAUUGACAUGGUGUCAAAUUAUGUAUGUAAUGGUCGUGAUCGUACAGUAAUACAUGACUAGUUUAUAAUCUGUAAA